GUGUAUAGACAUGGAUUGUGCAUACCAUACGAUCAUGUCUUCGGUUGUUGGGGUUCCCCCCGUCGUCGUGUGCUCCGACUCCGAGCACCGCCAACAGGUACAGGUCGCCGCCGCCGUGGACGUGGAGUCGCCGCCGCCCGUGUUGCAGUUGCGCAGGCGGUCGGCGAACUACCAGCCCACCACCUGGGACUACGACUCCAUCAUCUCCUCGCUCAGCCGCCGCCCUCUCCCUCUCGGCGCCAGUGAAGAAACAGAGGAAGAAGAAGCCGCCGACGACGACGACGACGCCAACCUCCUGCAGGUAGUGGUCGCUAAUGGCAACACAGAUAGUAUGUAUAAUAUUAGCAGCGAGACGGAGUUGGUCCAAGUCCAAGCAAGCCUCAAGGACAGCGUCAGGCGACUGCUGCUGGUGCUCCAAGAGGAGGACGACGACGACAGAAGCAGGCUGAUGCUGAUCAGGACCAUCCAUCAGCUGCAGAGCCUUGGAAUAGCCUACCAUUUCCACCAAGAGAUCAGAGGCAUUCUCCUGUCACUGCACCAGCAGCAGCAGCAGCAUCAUCUUGACCUGCAUUCAGCUGCGCUUCUUUUCAGAAUGCUCCGAGGACUGGGCAUUCCUGCAUCCACAGACAUGUUGAUGAGUGCAUUGAGAGAGGAAGACGACAAGGUAAUAACUGACAGCGACGGAGUGCUCGCUCUGUACCAAGCUUCAUAUCUUGCCUUCCCGGGACCGGGAGAGACGGUGCUGGACCAAGCAAGAGCGUUGGCUAUCGGCAAGCGAGCUGCAGGACGACGUGACGAUGACGAUGACUCUGACUGCACACGCCUGCCGUUGCCGUUGCCGUUGCACUGGACAGCUCCGAGGCUGCAGGCCAUGUGGUCGCUCAAGGGCAAGGGCGACGACCAUAACCAUAACAAGAAGGUCGCCGUCGUCGAUCCGGCCAUCCUGCAGCUGGCUCAGGUGGACUUCAACCUGGUGCAGGCUCUCCACCGGCGAGAGCUCGCGGAGGUGACGAGGUGGUGGAAGGAGAGCGGCCUGGGCGUGGGCGACUACUCCUUCGCCAGGGACCGCGUGGUGGAGUGCUUCUUCUGCGCCGCCUGCAUCGCGCCGGAGCCGCGCCUGGCGGAGUGCAGGGAGGUGCUAGCCAAGAUCGGCGCCCUCCUCGUCCACCUCGACGACAUCUACGACGUGUACGGCACUCUGGAUGAGCUCCAGGCCUUCACUGACGCCAUUGCCGCCGCCAGCUGGGAGAACUGCCGCUGCAACCACCUCCCCGAGUACAUGAAGGCCAUGUACUCCGCCAUCUGGACAACUUCGGUCGCCGCGGCAGAUCGCGUGCUCGAGAAACAUGGAUACGACAUGCUUCCACUCUACAAGAAAGCGUGGCACGAGCUGUGCAAGGCGUUCCUGGUGGAAGCGCAGUGGCAGCAGCAGGGACACAUGCCCAGCUUCGCCGAGUACGUCAGCAACGGCUGGGUCACGUCGACGGGGCCUCUCCUGCUGCUCCAUGCACUUCCCGCAGCAGGCAUUAUUCCCAUCACGCAGACGCAGACGCAGACGCAGACGCAGGCCAAUAAUGGCGCCGGCGCCGGCGGCAUCGUCGACUACCCGAGGCUGGUGGAGCUGUCCUCGACCAUCUUCCGCCUCUGCAACGACUGCGCGUCGCACGAGGCCGAGUCAGAGCGAGGGGACGCGCCGUCGUCCAUCGCCUGCUGCAUGGCCGAGCCCUGGUGCGCCGGCGAGGAGCAAGCCCGCGACGCCGUCCAGGGCGUCAUCGCCGAGACCUGGAAGGCGCUCAACUGGGAGGUCGUCGUCGUCGCCGCCUCCUCCUCCUCCGGGUCCGUUGGUAACGAUAACGACCCCUGCUGCUCAUCAUCAGAAACGGCGGAAAGCAUGGACGACCAUGGCCAACCUGUGCCUCAACCUCGCCCGGAUCAUCCACUGCAUCUACCAGGACGGGGACGGCAUCAGUUCGCCGACUCAUCGCAUGAAGCAAAUGGUCAAGGACCUGCUCUUCAACCCUAUCGUCCAUCUUGUCCUCUAGCUACAGCUAGCAAACUACUAGCAUGCAUGCAACAUGCUUUUGAAUGGCCUGUCCUCCUCUGCUCGGCUCAUCAAGUGCUGGUGCUCUACAGUGACAAGACAUACAUCAAGUCAUAUAUAAAUAUGUAAUAAUCCUACCAAGAACAUUUGAGCUAGCUUGCAUGCCCAGGGCAGGCUGAGACCAAGGUGCCACAGAUGCCCCCUCAAGGCAGUGUAACCGAAACAUCUGCAUAUGUAUGCAAAAUACUGGCGCAGGCAAAAAGAAAAGACAAAAAAUCACCAAACAAUA